CAGACACACUCAACACGUGUCUGUCUGUCCGUCUGCCUGCCUGUGAUUUUUAAAGAACAGAAGAGGUUCCACCGUCCAAGCAGCUGAAGCUCACACCUGAAAAUUUGCAGCAUGGAUACUGAAGAGUUUCGGCGUAGAGGAAGGGAGAUGGUUGACUAUGUGGCCGACUACCUGGAGAGCAUAGAGAAGCGACCAGUCUUCCCAGAUGUGGAACCAGGAUAUCUUCACUCCUUGAUCCCCACGGAGGCUCCUGUGGAUCCUGAGACUUAUGAGGACAUUAUAAAAGACGUGGAGAGGGUCAUCAUGCCAGGGGUGACACACUGGCAGAGUCCGUACUUUUUUGCCUACUUCCCAGCUAGUUCCUCUUUACCUUCUAUUUUGGCCGACAUGCUUUGCGGAGCCCUCGGCUGUAUUGGAUUCUCCUGGGCUGCCAGUCCGGCCUGCACAGAGCUAGAGACAGUGAUGUUAGACUGGCUUGGGAAGAUGCUGCAACUGCCUGAGUGUUUUUUAGCCGGGACUCAUGGUCACGGCGGAGGUGUCAUUCAAGGCACAGCCAGCGAGGCAACCCUUAUGUCCUUACUCGCUGCUCGAUGUAAAACAAUUCGAAGUGUUCAGGCCUCCAACCCCCAACUACCAGAGGGGGAAAUCUUCUCCAAACUGGUGGCGUACACCUCUGAGCAGGCUCAUUCUUCGGUUGAGCGCGCGGCUCUGAUUGGAGGAGUGAUGAUCAGGAAGGUUCCUACAGAUGACACCUAUGCCGUCAGAAAGGAUAUACUUAAGAAGAUGAUGGAGGAGGACAAAGCAGCUGGACUCAUCCCUUUCUAUUUUUGUGCGACUCUUGGAACCACUCCAUCGUGUGCUUUUGAUCACAUCACUGAACUGGGGCCCAUAUGUAAUGAGGAAAAUAUCUGGAUGCAUGUUGACGCAGCAUAUGCUGGGAGUGCAUUUAUCUGUCCGGAAUUUAGGCAUUUGUUGAAUGGCAUUGAGUUUGCAAACUCAUUUGACUUCAACCCUCACAAAUGGCUUUUAGUCAACUUUGACUGCUCUACAAUGUGGGUGAAGGAUAGAGCAGACCUUAUUGGAGCUUUCAAGGUGGAUCCACUCUACCUGAAACACGAAAACCAGGAGUCAGGCUUAGUCACAGAUUACAGGCAUUGGCAGAUUCCACUGGGAAGGAGAUUUCGCUCACUAAAGAUGUGGUUUGUCUUCCGUCUGUAUGGAGUCAAAGGCCUGCAGUCACAUAUACGCAAUCAUGUGGCCCUGGCCAAAGAGUUUGAGAGUCUGGUACGGGCAGACAAGAGGUUUGAGGUCUGUGCCGAGGUCAUCAUGGGACUGGUCUGCUUCAGGCUGAAGGGCCCAAAUGAACUGAGCGAGAACUUGCUCAAAAAGAUCAACCAGAGCCGAGAGAUCCACCUGGUGCCCUGCCAGCUCUCUGGCAGGUUUGUCCUGCGCUUUGCCGUCUGUGCACGAACUGCAGAGUCUCGUCACAUACAGGAAGCGUGGCGGCACAUCACGCAACUGACCCUUGAUGUGUUUCAGGAGUCCAGUGAUUGACAGACAGACAGACAGACAGGCGCACAGGAGACAAUCACUCUCCCACCCAAAGGUGUACUACAGUUAAGAUGAACUACUUAUUUUCAUGUUGUGGUUGUAAAAUGUCAAAAAGGGAAUUUCUGCAGUCACGUGUGUUUGUGUCGGCAGCCGAGUGUGUUCGUUCUUUUGCUGAAAAAAACAACAACAAUGUGCACAUUAGGAAACAAUGCAGGUUUCUUAAUAUCACAUUUAUUUCUCUCUGCACUUUCCACUCCCUUUAGCUUUAUCUGUGACCGUGUGUCAGUGUCCUCAUCAUGAUGCAUACAUGUCCCUGCAGACUUGUCUUUACUGUCCACGUCACUUCUGCGUCUUCUGUGUGUAAAAUGUGAUAUGGAGUGAAGGUGCAGUCAAAGUCUUUUUGUGUCGCCUUGUUAUGAAGGUUUUACAUUUUGCAUUGAAUGUGUUAUUCUACGUUGGAUGUGAGAAUUGACUUUUGAGUGUCUCUGAAAUUCUGUAAAGCAAAACCAUAUAUAUUUUAGGGAAGGAGUAGAUAUGAAUGGGUUGCACAAACAAUGUUUUGAAUCUGCAUUUACGCUAACACUAAGAUGAUUAUAUAAUGUAUGAGAAAAAAACUUAGUGAAGGUCGAAGCACAUUAUUUAUCUCCGGCCUCUUUAGCAAACACACGUGUGUUUAUUGUUUAAAGACACAGAGAAAUGUUUAUAAUUU